CUUGCAUCAAGAUGGUAUAUCAAGAAAAACCUGCUUAGUACAGUCCUUGUUUAACCAUCCUCGAACAACACACUCUAUAUUCUUGAUCUCUCUUCUGGUUGGACAAACCGCCUAAUCUUCUCAAAAAAAAAAAAUCAUCCUGUUAGAAUCACCAAAGGGUUGGGUCUAUAUCAAGACUUCACAGACAAAGCAGGAACGUCUUUUUAGCCAGCCACAAAAAUCUGAACCCUUUGUAUGUUCUGUGCCUGAUUUUUUAUUUCAAUUUCGUGACCUUUUCCCCUUUCGUCGGUGCUGUAAAUGAAUGUGUGUGUGUGUUUGUGUGUCUUUUUUUUUUUUCACUCAAUCACCAUCUUUCUUCAUUGAUUAAAACAUGAUGGAUAGCGCUCCUAACUCACCUCCCUCUAAAUCUGAAGAAAAGAGAUUCAACAAAGACGAAGUCACUUCAUUCAUAAAAGAAACCGUUGAAAACACACUAGGAGAUGCUGAAUAUUCCCAUUCCAAAGUUCCUGCUUUGAACAAUACCAUUAUCGAGACCAUCUUGAAGAAAAUGAAGGACGAUAAUAAAAAUUACAAAUAUGUUGUUACAUGUGUUAUUUUACAAAGAACAGGUGCUGGAUUUUAUGCUGGUAGUUCUGUUAUCUGGGAUAAAAAUAAUGAUGACAGCGCAGGUUAUCGACAUGAAACUAAAUCCAUGUAUGCUGUUGUCAAUGUGUUUGGUUUAAGCAUAUAAUGAGUCGGCAUUAUUUAUUUUUUAUAUCAUUAUUCAUAUUAAAAAAUAUUAAAUCCCAUCAACAGUAAUAUCGUUUAAAGCAAUAGGCUUGAUGUUAAAUCCUAAACUUUCAAAUCCCUUUUGAAUGUCUACGUUUUUGGUAGGAGUACUAACCACAACAACAUUACUUGUAUCAGGCUUGAACAUAUUAACAAAGUAUUUGUUCAAUACAUUUUGCAAAGCAUCCAACUUGACAGCCUAAUAAAAGAUA